GGAGUCUCGGACCUGCUGUUGCUCCUCCACGGGCCACCACUGCAUGCAGCCACCAUGAACUCGUACCCUCCGGAACUCCUCACGCAACUUGCGCCCGUGAUGUUCGUCGGGGGUCUUGAUCCUCCUCCGGCCUCGGGAAAGACGACAGAUCCUUUUGUGGUGCUAUCACAUCGCCUGCGCGAGGCUCUGGUGAAUCAGCGGAAGGUAGCGGUUUGGCAGCCAGAGAAGAAGAAGACGUUCCAGGUCGUUCCGGUCGACAAGGACGUACGAUUUCCUCCUCGUAGACUCAUCCCACCAGAACACCCGGACUACGCGAACGCGCACUCUCCUCUGUCUCCCCUAACCCCGUCUUCACCACUCUACCCCGACGGCCUCAUCGCCCCAAUAUGGAUCCGCAAGCACACGCGACUCGUUCCGUCCGUGUUUGUGAUAUUCAUGCGUUUGUUCGAGCAUGCACCGACAUCGCGCGCGCCGCUGGAGACCGCCGAGGUGGACCGGGAGCGCGAGGCGGAGGAGAGACGGCGGGAUACGGAGUUGUGUGCUGAGAUCGCCGCGCGGAAGAAGACUGUGAGCGAGCGCGGUGUGAAGCUGACGGUGGUGUUGUUGGCGAGUAGAAAGCUGCUAGAUGACCCCUCUCUCGAUGGACGCCUCACCUAUAUUCGUCGACAAAGUGGACUUGAUCCUCGGGCCGCGUUAUUCGUCCUGUCUCCCGUCUCACAGUCCGAGAUCGGCGAUUUCGUGCGCAGCCUACAAGAAGCUCUAUACGAGCCUGCAAUCGAGUAUUACACGAAUCACUCCAAGCGUGUCCGCCGCAAACGCAACCGGCAUUCGCAAGUAGCUUCGUCCUAUCCCAUCACGCAGCCGAUCGGGAGCGCGCCGAGCCGUCCUCUCAGGCCAGAAGGUUGGACGGUACGGUACGAGUACAAGAUGGCAUGCUUUGCGGAGUUCCGGGGUGAAGACGAGGUCGCGCUAAAGCAUUACCAGGAUGCCUAUGCGAGCUUGGCGAUUAUGUUCGGAUCGACUGCUAUCCUUCCUCCGCGAACGAAGCGCUGGGCGGAGGCGAAGGUGCUCGCGGACUGCAUCAAUCUCAAGAUCUGCAAACUCUACCUCUACAACAACGAGCACUCGCUCGCCCUCGCGCACCACAACAGCCACAUGCGCAAGUUUGCCGACUUCUCGCGCGGCUGGGGUAUCGGCGAGGAGACAUUCGAGUUUUGGAGCUGGCUUGCACGACAGCACCGCGCCUUCGCCGAGCUCCUCGAACACGGCACGCGCUCUACGCUCAAGAUUCCAACGCAUUUCUCGACGACUCCACCGUCGCAUGCAGCGGCAGCGGCAGCAGUGCAAGCACUUGAGAGUGGACAGCGUGGCGCGCUCGAGCUGGAGGCCAUGCGGGCACUGGGCCUGAACCCUAACCAGGCUCUGCAGCAUCCAGGCUUCUAUUAUUACAUGUCUGCGAGGUCCACUGAGAGGAGGAGGGAACGUUUUUUGGGCGUCGCCAGAUCCGAGGCAGAGGGAGAAACGACAACAGCGCCGCCACCUGGGUUCGCAAACGAGCAGAAGGUCGACCACCUCGCCCUCAUACUGGAACUGUAUACACGGGCGUAUGACCUCUUCAAAGCGUACACGCCGAAGGACGCGCACGGCCACGGUCGGCUAACGCUCUGGAUCGCGUACCGAAUUGCGCAGACGUACUACGAGUCGGGCAAGUUCGACCUCGCUGUGCGGUUCUUCGAGCGGAUAGCCAAGACGUACCGCCGCGAGCAAUGGGACUCGCUGUUGCGCCCGCUGCUGACGACGUGGUACUCAUGUGCCCAGCAGAUGGGCGAUAUGGAGCUGAGCGUACGGUUGCUGUUCGAAAUGCUCGGGCAUGGCCUUAAGACGCAGGAUGACGAUGAGGAUUCGACUCAAGAAGACCUCUUGGCAGUCUUGAAGAGCUCUGUGCCAUCGUCUACUGAGGAGCCGCUAUUGAUAGACCACUCGGAGUCUGAACCGAUAUUGCAAACUUGUGCCGUCUUUUGGCGGCCUGACGUCCUCGUCGGCGAGCCCGUAGCAUUCCAGCUCUCGGUAUCGUCGCCAACAGGGGUCUCGCUGAGCUCCUUGACAUUCACGUCGCUCGUCAUCCACAUGUCAGGCGACAUGCCUACUAUAACCCUGCGCAACUCGUCCCUAGAUCCAUCUGCAGAGCUACCUCAGGUGCAGAAGGUGGAGCUAGAUCACAUCAUGCCCAGCGGGGAGGACGAUAAGGAAGUCCAGGCCCCGCUCCGGUUCGGAGUGGGAGGGACGAUCGUCUUCUGUGGUACUGUGUCGUGCGAGAUGCCAGCGACUGUCAAGAUCGAGAAACUCGUGUUGACGACGAAGGAAGGCAAUUGGAAUAUCCAGAUCCCUCUGCGCCCAUUGAGCUCUCGACAUGGCGGAGCACCAUAUCCACGGUGGCUCAGUAGCUUCGACCCGCCAACAUAUAUCCCGGUUCGGAGGGACCAGUACUCAUCUGUUGUUGUCCGACACCGUCCACACAAGGUACAGGUGUCCGUCACGUACAAUGCACCCGCAUAUAUCGGUGAAGAGUUCCCUAUCACCGUCGGCGUGAGCAACCAAGACGACAAGGAGAUGGAGAUGAUUGUCGAUGCUCUGCUACAGCCAGCUGAGCUUGACGAACUCGGGGAGAAUCACAUUCGCAUGGGCGAUGAACGCUCGACAAGUCUCAUCAAGGGUGUUUCGUUGGGCACUAUCGCGCCUGGCGUCAGCACUUCCAUGAUUCUCUAUCUCUCCAGCGCAGGCGCCGUAUACGACAGGGUCAUCGACAUCUCCGUCCAGUCGCACCGAGAGAUGCCAGCUACCGCAGAAGAACCCGAGAGUCCCCAGUCACCCAAGAGCCCCACCCAGUCAAGGAUAGACCGAGACGAAACGAUCCGGACGCUGGUCGUGCCCUCGGUUCAACCCAUCAGUAUCGAGCAGCACGCAGUGUACAUGAGAUCGCUGAAAUCCCAGCCUGGCCUCGCUGACCUUACCACGUACGAAGACAAUUAUUGGGAUGAUGGGGAUGUGGGUGAGGCAAUUGUUACAACGACGAUCGCUUGCACAGCGCCGUCGGGGAUCAUCGUCGACUCCAUUACGCUCACCAAGCAGGACGGUCGACAUGCGAAGAUAGUGGACAGCGCGCUCGAUCAAGUCAUGGACGACUUCCUCGCAGAAUGGCUGACAGGAGAUGAGUUCUGCGACCGUUGUAGAAUCAGUUUGGCAGCGAGAGACGAUCUCCCGGAGGGACAGGACAUACCUCCACCAGGUUCUUACGAGCUCACGUGGAGAAGGAUCCUCCCAGAAGGCGGUUACAGCACGCCUGCAACGACCCGCUUCUCCCUGCCGACGCUUCGGCCCCCGCGCGACGGCCUCAUCGCGCUGCUCGACGUGCCGCCCACCGCGCAGCUGCACACACCCCUCACGCUCCGGCUCGUCGUCCGCAACCGGCAGCCGACGCGGUCCGCGAACGUCGUCGUCCACCUCGAGACGGACAACAGCGACGCAUUCAUCGCCGCGGGCCUGCGCAACGGCCGCCUGCCGAUCCUCCUGCCCGGCGCAGAGGAGACCGUCCUCUGGCGGCUCGUCCCCGUCGAGUGCGGGUUCGUGCGCAUCCCGAGGAUCAGGGUGGCCGAUCGGAGGACGGAUCCCGGCGCGGAGGGCGAGCUGCAGGAGCGCAUCGUGAGGAUCGUCGACGUGCGUGCGGACGAGAGGAGGGAGGUGAAGGAGGAUGGCACGGUUGAGGAGGGACCGCAGCUGGCGGAGCCCGUCAUCCUUGUUCUGCCGUGAUAAGCUCUUGUUCCAGUAACACUUGGUACCAGGAUGAUUACAUCCGUGCUAGAAUAUGUAUGUUUACCUGCUUGAGGUCCGCAAAUGACCCUCAGUGACUAUACUUAGAGGCUCGCUUUAGCUUGAGAGUCGAACUGCAACAGGUCUAGUAAACCUUAAGCUUGAG